AUGGAUAUUGAUGAGUGGGAGUUUCUAUCUGAUGAUGGCUAUCUUGAUUUCAACGAAGAUGGUGGGAAGCAAAAGCAAAAAAAUUCCCUUGGAAAGGGAAAGUUGGACUCAAAGAGUGUGUUUGACAUGGACUACUUUUGCUCAUCACCACCACCACCAAGGGUGCGCACUCAACUAGUCCCUUUGCCAAUUGAAUUGGAGCCAAGAAUUGGCAAGGCCCCAGAAGAUGUUGUGGUGAAAGACAUCAUGAAAAAUAGUCCUGUGAGAGGGGAUGUUGCAACCCCGUCAGAGAAAACAAGGGAUUUUGAGACAGUGGAGGCUGAUAGAGUGAAGGUUUUCUUCAAGAUCAAGGAGAAAAGUGAUUUUGUGGACAUGAAAAUGGACUCCCCCAAGUCAAGUAGUAGGGGAAUCAUGCCCCCAAUUGAUGCAGGAGGCUACAAAUUUGAGGACAAAGGAGAGAGCAUAGAGAUCAUCACCUCUCCCAGAAGGAGGGUUAUUGAGAAGGAUGUGUGUGACAAAGAAGAGGAUUCCACUUGGGAGGAAGAGAACAACAGUGGUUUCAACUUGUGGAAGUGGAGUUUGACAGGUGUUGGAGCCAUAUGUUCUUUUGGUGUUGCUGCUGCCGCUAUUUGUGUUCUUUUCUUUGGGAGCCAGCAAAGAAACAAAGUAAAGCAGGAUCAGAAGAUUCGUUUCCAGAUCUAUGCUGAUGACAAGAGGAUUAAGCAAGUGGUGCAGCAUGCAGCAAGAGGUGUUCCAAUGAGCAGAGCUCACAUAACUGUUGGCGGUUACUAUGAUGGUCUUUGA